CUCUUUUCUGCUUGCCCCAAGGUACCACUAGCCAUCAUGAUUAUGAGGGCCAGCACACGGGGGGCACCACCCCAGUCGCUUGAACUGCUCACUUGUUUAAGUACCUUGCAAUCCCACGGCCGACAUCAAGCACCAUCUCUUCCAAAAAGCUUGCCGUCUCACACCUUUGCACAAGUCAGUCUGAUAGAUCCUCGUCUCGUGAAGGCAGGCUCCCCACGACUCUGUCUGCGGACCUCUGCGUUCAUUUCGUUGUCCUAAGGCUACCGGUGAAUCGCACAUCAUGUCCACCAGACGAAUGGCCAACCGGCAACUGCCCUCUCCAAAGCAGAACUUGAUACAUUUCGUCACUAAUCGAACAAGACAUGCUCAACAACCAAAGAAGCCUAAGCGCACCGCCGAAGACUACCGGGUCAUGGGUCAGGAGCUCAACACCAAAUCUCAGAAACCCAAGGAUGCUGAAGCCACGAAGGAGAAUGUCCGAGGCAUAUGGCGCAAGUGGUCUAAGUUUUGCGCUUUUCAGGGUGUGGACGACGUGCGAGGAGCUAUCGAGCAAUGCGAUAGGGGAAAGACGAUGUCGUUCCUCUGCUUUAUCUGCGAGAAUUAUAAAGUUAAGGCGUUCAAUUCGGUCCACCAGUACCUGCUUCAGUUCAAACAACUCUACAAUCGGGUCAAUGGGCGUCACAUGGAUACAAACGACGCAAAAGAGGUGUUCAAGUAUCUAGAUGCGACCUUGGCAGACGAAUUCAAACUCAGACGGACGAUGAAGGCUAAACCAGUGCUAGGAGCAGACGAUAUCCUUCUCCUCCUCACCCACCUCUGGGCUCGGGAUACUUCCGUAUUUCCAACUGAGGACCAACGGUUAACGCUCGCAACGAUGAUGCUCCUGUCUAUCUAUACAGGUUGUCGGCCUGGGGAGCUGGCCGACGCCGCAAAGCGUGCAGGCGGAAAGACUACCUCUCGCAAACGUCCACAUACGGAAGUCUGGGAUGCCGUUAAUGACCUGGAUGAAGAUGAGUGUGUUGAUGAGGAAGAAGGAUCAGAUGAGCCGAAUUAUCAACAACAAGAGCCUUGGGCUAAUAAAAACGAUACUGAAUAUGACGAUGAUUACGUCGAUCUCGACGCUGUGGAACGGGAAUACAAGACUCUAUGCUACGAGGAUAUCCGUCUCUGGAUUGUUCGGAACCCCACACAGGGAGAACGAGACCUUCUGGGAAUGGAGAUCACUUUCGCCCAUCACAAAGGUGCUGAUAGGAAACCGAAACCCACGACCUUCCUCUUUCAUGAAGAAGCCCUUCCCAUACUUUGCCCUAUCAGCCAUGUCUUGGCUAUCGCAAUAAAGGAUAAUGCUAUCGAGGUCGAAGGCUCUUCGCACGCAGAGCCUUUUUUUACAAGUCAUCUGCAGCAUCCUACGAAAGCUGUCUUGAUUCACUGGAAGCCGGAGAUGCUUAAAAGACCCAUAUUUCGUCAGGCCGUACGCACGUCUGAUAUGUUUCGUACGUCGGAGUGGAAGGCAUUACGCUACUCGACUUACGCUUAUUAUCUUGAUCGUCUCGGCUGGGCGACUGGUUUUGAGCAGAAGAUAACGAGCUACUGUUUUCGAAGAGGCACAGGAAACGCUGUUGAUGGGGCUGCCACGACAGCAGUUCGCGACCAGAUACUAAGGCACAACCCCCAGACUGGCGUCUUUUGCGGAUCAUACAUCAAUGAGAAAGUCAGGUUUAUCGUUCAAGAUGCAGUUCUAGACCAGCCUACCGAUUCUGGCUUUCUCCGGGCCUUCACGCACAUGAGUCUCACUUGUGACCCCCGUGCGCCUCAGACAGUGCCUGACGAGUUUCGCGAUGCUCUCCCGCCCGACCUAGAGCUGGUGCAGCUUAAGCUUGAGCAGCAAGAGCUUCGCUUGGAGCUUAAGCGUUUGUAUGGACACGCAUUCGUUCAGGGCUCGAUUGGUACAGAAGCGGGUGAAGAAUAUCGUCAAUUAAAUAGACAGAUUGCUACGGUAACGAAGACACUUGAGCAAGAGCUCAAGAGGGAGUACCGCCGGGACUACUUCUACCGUAUCCACAACGAAGAACUUGAGAAGAUCAUCAAGAAGGUCAAAGUCGUCACACCGACUUAUGUUGAGCCUGUCGUCAAGCACCAGCUGCCUGAACGGACCCAGCUUCAAGAUAUCAUGUGCGACCUCUCUAAGGGCCUCAAUCCACGCGACAUCGUCAUGCGACGGAUUCACGCCAUCGACACAAUGGUCGCAUUAUCUCGUCGCCAAGAAGUCCAGUGUCAUAAGUCGCGGCUGAGCAAAUCGUCUUCGGUAUCUUCUCUUGAAGAGUCCCCCAAGGUGAAGGAGGAAUCGCCUGUUCCUAAUUCUUUCCCUCUGGUGUGCGAGAAAACUCAGUGUAUAUUCUGCAUUGGCGACGAUCGCCAGAGUUAUGAUAGGCGGAUGCGCAAAUUCUCGAAACCCGACAAGAUGAUGGACCAUGUUGAGAGGCACUUACAAAAGAAGGCGGUAGGGGCGUUUGAAUGCUGCCAUCCAGUUUGCAGGGCAGAAGAGCUACUUCUUAACAACGUUAUCCAUUUCAAGAAUCACGUAGAGGCGGUGCACGGCAUUAGACUUCGAGACCCAAAAUAUAUCUCUUGAACAACUGGUCCUAAGGCACUUUGUGAGAAAGCAUGUUAGAAGACUUGGAUUUAACGAGCCUACUGAUUGUUGAAUCUGUGACGUCCGGCUCGAACACCGGAUGCAUUUUUAAAUUUACCCAGAGAAAUUUCACGGAACUGUCUCGCAGUUCUGCAACUAGAUGGAAUCACUACAAAGUGUGUAGUAUGGUUUGCCCGGGUUAGGUAGGUAGAGGAAUUAAUUAAGUAGGGAAGAGGCAAAAAGUGGCGUCGUUAAUUAUUUUAAUCUAAUUUUCCCAUUACGGUC